CUACCACUUAUGUUUGACAGCAAUGACGACAACUUGAAAAGGCGGGUUUUAGAGAGUAGAAGGCUGGGUUUGUUAUUGCCUGUAGUGAUUUUCAGUAAUUUGAUUCCUGUUUUGAAAAAAAAAAAAAAGUUGGUAGUUGUACAUAGGAUUGUAGACGCACCAUUUUGAGAGUAUAAUCUCUUGCAGUUUUUCCCUGAGGAGCCGUUUAUUGUUGCGAUAGUGUCAAGAAUGUCCUACCCAGGCUAUCCACCCUCGGGCUAUCCUGCCUAUCCUGGCUACCCAGUAGGAGACUCUACCUACCCACCUGCUGCACAGUAUCCAUACCCAGGAGCUCCUGGAGGCUAUCCUCCUGCAGGUGGUGGAGCAUACCCACCAGGUCCUCCUGCAGCUGGAGGCUACCCACCUACCGCACCAGGGGGCUACCCACCUACCGCACCAGGGGGCUACCCACCUACCGCACCAGGAGGCUACCCACCUACCGCACCAGGGGGCUACCCACCUACCGCACCAGGAGGAUUUCCAGCUCCUGGAGGAGUACCAACAUACCCAGGAGCUCCUGGUGGACCAUCUGGUUAUGGUGGCUAUUCCCAGCCUGCAGCACAAACCUAUGGCGGAACAGGGCCAGUUCCACAGCCAGGUGGCUUUGGUAGUGGACCUACUCCAGCUCCUGCUCCCUUUCAAGCACCUGGCCAAGUAGCGGUGAAAACUCAGGGUACCAUCAAGCCUGCUGCCAACUUUGAUGCCCAAAAGGACGCAGAAGUCCUGCGAAAAGCUAUGAAGGGAUUUGGAACGGAUGAAAAGGCAAUAAUUGAUGUCGUUUCCCAUCGUUCCUGGGAACAAAGAAUGAAAAUCAAGGAUGCGUUUAAGACAAUGUAUGGAAAGGAUUUGAUAAAAGACCUAAAGUCGGAACUAAGUGGACACAUGGAAGAUCUUGUAUUGGCCCUCUUCAUGACCCCAACACAGUUUGAUGCUCAUAGCCUAAGGAAUGCAAUUCAGGGAGUUGGUACACAAGAGGAUACCCUGAUUGAGGUCCUCUGUACUAGAAGCAACCAGCAGAUCAAGGACAUUGUGGUUUCCUAUCGCCAGGAGUAUGGAAGAGAACUGGAGAAAGACAUCAAGAAAGACACCAGUGGAAACUUCGAGAGAUUGCUUGUGUCUAUGUGCCAGGGCAAUCGAGAUGAGACAAAAACGGUUGACUACCAGAAAGCUCAGGAAGAUGCCCAGCGACUGUUAAAUGCAGGGGAGGGAAAACUUGGAACUGAUGAAUCAUGCUUCAACAUGAUUUUAGCAUCAAGAAGUUUACCACAGUUGAAAGCUACUGUUGAAGCCUAUUCAAAGCUUGCAAAUCGUGACCUGAUAAGUAGCGUUCACAGAGAAUUUUCUGGAAGUGUUAAAGAUGGCUUGACAGCUAUUAUAAAAUGUGCUAUGGAUGUUUCCUGUUUCUUUGCCGAAAGACUUUACCAUUCAAUGAAAGGUGCUGGGACUCAUGAUACUGAACUCAUCCGGAUCAUCGUUUCUCGUAGUGAGACUGACCUUGUACAAAUCAAGGAAGCAUUUGCACAUAUGUACCAAAAGAGUUUAGCAACCAUGAUUGACAGUGACGCAAGUGGGCACUACAAGCAUUUACUUUUAGCAAUUGUCGGACAGUAGUGCCAUUGACAGAAGUGCCUUACUAUUUGUAGUCUUUGACAUUUUGAGCUUUACACCUACAUUACCAAUGUUUAGUACUUUUCUAUUUAUGACUAGUCAUUAAGCUGUAGUUUUGAAAUGGAAAGAAUUUCUCUAGACAGUGCAAAAGUUUCUAAACUGCAUGUUCGCUGCAAAACUCUUUAAAUGUUUAAGAGAAACAAAUUCUGUUACAUUAGCAUAGAACGGCAGAAUGUUUGAAAUUAUUUUUUUUACUUUUAAAAAAUAAUACUUUGUAGCAUGUAGAAAUAUUUUUUAUAUUAAUAUCAAUGUUAUCACUGUGGAAGCAUGUUACAGCUCUAAAACAUUUGCUAGCUUAAAAUGUAUUAACACUAUGCAAUUGAUUCCUAGUAUACCAUUGUAGUCAUGAAGGUGUUGGAACCUAUUACAAAAUAAAAGAACAUUUAAUAUAAAGCAAAUCAAAUAAAAGUUAAUAAUACAUAUA